UGCAGCGUAUAGCUAAGCUAGAGAGAGAGAGGGAGAGAGAGGGGUGCGUCGGCGGCGAGGCGAUGGAGAUCGAGGCGGCGAAGUGCGAGUGCUGCGGGCUGCGGGAGGACUGCACGGUGGAGUACAUCGCCGGGGUGAAGGCGGACUUCGGCGGGAGGUGGCUGUGCGGGCUGUGCUCGGAGGCGGUGAGGGACGAGGUGGCCAAGAAGGGCGGCGGCGGCGGCCGGCAGCUGGAGGACGCCGUCAGGGAGCACAUGUCCUUCUGCGGCAAGUUCUGCCGCAAGAACCCGGCCUUCCGCGUCGCCGACGGCAUGCGCCAGAUGCUCCGCCGCCGCUCCGGCGACCUCUCCGCCCACUCCGGCGCCUCCUGAUCAACGACCAACCCACCUAUCUAGCUAGCUACCUCCCGCGAGAGAGAUCGAGCUACGGACACGACGCCGACGACGACGACGACGACGAGCAAUGGCGCUCGAAUGCUUGUAGCAGCAGCUAAGCUAAGCUUAAGCUUAAGCUUAAGCUGCAAGCUUAGUGACAUUGUUAACCUCGAAAUCCAAUCAAAAUCAAUGAGCUGCCUCGUGGAGAAGGUUUCCAUUGAGGUGCCGAGUGUGGAGGCUUUCUUUGGCCUAGAAGACGGCUUCUUGAUGAUGAUGAUGGAGCAUUGUUCAAGUUUUGGUUGUAGCAAGGAUUAUUUAUGGGAUUAGUAUCGAUCGAUCAGUACUUGAUUUGUACAAGGAGAUAUUAAUUAUAGAACCUGAACCACUGUUGCAAUGUAGCAUCCAUUGGUU